CCGUCUGUGCAAUGGGAGAGAGCAAGGAGACGCGUGCUCCGGGCCCACUCGACCCACAGAGCUGGAUCUCUGGAUUGGAGGUGUGUGGAGCGCAGUUCCAGGAGUCGCGAGCUGGCGCCAGGGCGGCCGGAGGAUGCCGAGGGGCCGGAGCCGGGCGGGCCUGAGGCCGAGGCGCGCGCUGCCCCCCGCUCCUACCCUGUGAGCCCCGUCUGCCGCCUGACGCGCCGUCCCUGAGCCCACCACCCCCGGGGCUCCCACCGGUGCUGCCCCAACUCUGAGGCCGCGCCCCGUCUCCCCGCAGCGUUGCGUGUGGACGCCGCCGCCUCCUCCGCCCAGAUCCCGAACCUCCGCCGGCCAUGGAGGUGGCGCCCGAGCAGCCGCGCUGGAUGGCGCACCCCGCCGUGCUGAAUGCGCAGCACCCCGACUCGCACCACCCGGGCCUGGCGCACAACUACAUGGAGCCCGCGCAGCUGCUGCCCCCCGACGAGGUGGAUGUCUUUUUCAACCACCUUGACUCGCAGGGCACCCCCUACUACGCCAAUCCGGCCCACGCGCGGGCGCGCGUCUCCUACAGCCCCGCGCACGCUCGCCUGACCGGAGGCCAGAUGUGCCGCCCACACUUGUUGCACAGCCCGGGGUUGCCCUGGCUGGACGGGGGUAAAGCAGCCCUCUCCGCGGCGGCAGCACACCACCACAACCCCUGGACCGUGAGCCCCUUCUCCAAGACACCGCUGCACCCCUCAGCUGCUGGAGGCCCCGGAGGCCCCCUCUCCGUGUACCCAGGGGCGGCGAGUGCGAGUGGGGGAGGCAGCGGGAGCUCUGUGGCCUCCCUCACUCCCACUGCAGCCCACUCUGGCUCCCACCUCUUUGGCUUCCCACCCACCCCGCCCAAGGAAGUGUCUCCUGACCCCAGCGCUGCGGGGGCUGCCUCCCCAGCCUCCUCUUCCGCAGGGGGUAGUGCCGCUCGGGGAGAGGACAAGGAUGGCGUCAAGUACCAGGUGUCGCUGCCAGAGAGCAUGAAGCUGGAAGGCGGCAGUCCCCUGCGCCCGGGCCUGGCUGCUGUGAGCACUCAGCCUGCCACACACCACCCCAUCCCCACCUACCCCUCCUAUGUGCCGGCCGCGGCCCACGACUACAGCAGCGGGCUCUUCCAUCCCGGAGGCUUCCUGGGUGGCCCUGCCUCCAGCUUCACCCCUAAGCAGCGCAGCAAGGCGCGCUCCUGCUCAGAAGGCCGGGAGUGUGUCAACUGUGGGGCCACAGCCACCCCUCUCUGGCGGCGAGACGGCACUGGCCACUACCUGUGCAAUGCCUGCGGGCUCUACCACAAGAUGAACGGGCAGAACCGGCCGCUGAUCAAGCCCAAGCGGAGACUGUCAGCCGCCAGGAGAGCGGGCACCUGUUGUGCAAAUUGUCAGACGACAACCACCACCUUAUGGCGCCGAAACGCCAACGGGGACCCUGUCUGCAACGCCUGUGGCCUCUACUACAAGCUGCACAAUGUGAACAGGCCACUGACCAUGAAGAAGGAAGGGAUCCAGACCCGGAACCGGAAGAUGUCCAACAAGUCCAAGAAGAGCAAGAAAGGGACCGAGUGCUUCGAGGAGCUGUCCAAGUGUAUGCAGGACAAGGCCUCCCCCUUCAGUGCGGCCGCCCUGGCCGGGCACAUGGCACCCGUGGGCCACCUCCCGCCCUUCAGCCAUUCGGGACACAUCUUGCCCACCCCGACACCCAUCCACCCCUCCUCCAGCCUCCCCUUCGGCCACCCCCACCCAUCCAGCAUGGUGACCGCCAUGGGCUAGGGACAGCCCCCAACGAGUGGACAGAUGGACGCCAAGGAGGGCGGCCGGCAGUGCGAGGCUGGGUGCUCCCGGGACGGAUGGGCCAAACCCUUAGCUGCCCGCCCUUCCCUGAAGACUGAUGCAACUCCUGCCAACCCAGUGGAGCCCCACGUGGCCUCGCCUGUGGGCGCUGUCUGUGGCCGUCAGCAGUCACUGUGAAGAUUCUCACCAGGGCUAGGAGGUGGCUGUGGCCCGGCUGCUGCCCAGGUGGGGUUUCCAUCACAAACAAUUGUUUGGAGAGCAGAAAGGACAACUUGAUGAAGAAAAACGGAGGGGGCAGGGGACAAAUGAAGGAUCCUGUUUUUAGGAGGAAAAGGAUUGGCAAAAAUAAUUUAUUUUGCUCUUGUUUCUAACAAAGACUGGGAGACUUGGAGGUCUGAGAUGCCCCAAGUUCUCCUGGUCUUCCUGGGCGCCAUGUGCCACUUGGCCCACCCGCUUGCCAGGGCUCUGGGGCAGGCCUGCAGGGACCACAGCCUGCACCUUCUCCUCUGGCUUCGCUCUCAGAAAGGCUGAACCCCAGGCUGGGCUGAGCCAACCCAGAGAGUGUGUGCCCUGGCGGCCGGGCCCUGGAGGGCAGAGACAAUCACAGGCGGUCCUGCGCAGAUUCCCAGGCCAGGGCUGGGUCACAGGAAGGAAACAACGUUUCUUGAGAGGGGAAACGUCUCCCAGCUCGCUCCCUUGGCUCUGAGGCCGAAGCUGCUGUGACCUGCAUCUCCUUAACAGCCGGAGCCACAGCCUGCCUCCUCUGCCAGGUGGACCCCCUGUACAUACAUCCUUUUUCUGCUAACCCCUCAACCCCCUCGCCUCCUACUCUGAGACAAAAGAAAAAAAUAU